AUGUGGGGCGACUGUGACAAAUACCAAGGCCGCAAACAACUUCCCGGGCAUGUCCGUGUCAAUGCCGGUGAAGGCUCUUCGGCUCGCGCGGCACGCGGCGUCAAUCCGGCCCUAAGUCGUAUGACGAAAAGUUUUACUGCUGACAUCCCCAUCUUCGACAGCCGCCGUCAUUUUCUCGCUUCUCAUGUCGGGGAAGACUGGCGCGAUGGUUUUUCUGCCGAAAAUAUCCUCACCCAGGUCGACAAUCCGGACGAGCGUUUUAAGGGCGAGAUUCCGGACGAUAGUUUUAUCGCUAUGCAUUGCGUCUGCUCGAUGCGCGCAACUGGUGUGGUGUCCCUCAACCUCAUCGGUGCUCAGGUUCUUGUUACGCCUCGCGGGGUGUACCAUUCCGAUCUCCAGUAA